AUGGCCGCCGGGAGGAGGCUGUCGGAGCUGCUCCAGGAGCAGCAGGAGCCGUUCCUCGUCGAGGCCGCCAAGAUUCGGAGGCCGCGGCGCGGCCGUGGCGGGGGAGGAGGAGGGUCUUGCUGCCCCGUGGCCGCGUGCCAGCGGCUGCUCAGGCUCUGCAACCACGGCUUCAAGAAGAGGAGCGGCGGCAUUAGCGGCCUGAGGUCCGCGCUGAGCAAGGUGCUGUGCGGCAAGGCCGUGAGGAGUGUGUUGCGCUGGGAAAAUCUUGGCGGCGGGUGCUUCACCGGCGUCGGCGACCGCGAGUUCCGCCGGCUGCGGCGGUCCGCCGUCUACAGCGGCGAAUGCGAUGCCUGUGCCAUGGAGUUUGACGACGACGACGGGUAUGAGCGGCAGGGAGGAGCGAGGUGGAAGACGGACAUGGAGAUCGACUCGUCGCGGCAGCUCAGCCCGGUCUCCGUCCUGGAGCUGCACUCCGACGACGACUCUCCGGUGCAUCCUCGUUGGGAGGAGGACGAGAAGCCAUCAACCUCCGGGAGCUCACCCUCAGCUCCAUCCUCAGACUUCCACGGCCCCACCUCGCCGUGCUUCACCUACAACGUCCACGACGGCAAGGCUCUUGCAAUGGAGACGACGGAGGAAGAGGACGAGGAGACGGCCGGCAACCGCGGCGGCGGCGGCGGCGGCAAGUGCGUCGAGGAGCAGAUCUCGUCGUGGGAGAGGAUCGCCGGGGACAUCUACAAGAUCCCCGGGAUGGUGGAGCUGGACCUGUCAGAGUCCGGGCAGCAAUGGAGGGGGCUCCUGCCGGAGGUCAGGGAGAUCGGCGCCAGGAUUGAGACCCUCAUCUUCGAGGAGAUCAGGAGGGAGACCGUCUGUGACAUGCUCGCCUCACACUCUACAUUUUCACCAACAUCUCGUUGA